UAGCCCGGGCUACCUUGACGCUGGUCCUCUGGUGAAUGAAUGACAUCAUGCGGGCUGCUGUCUGUCUCCAUCUGCGACAUGACGCCUUCAGACAGUAACGGUUAGACGUUUAUUUACAGUCUGCCGUUAAACCACACUCGGUGUCGAGUGAUGCAGCAGAAGUUGUGUUCCAGAGGUUCUGGUUCUUUCCUCUUAGAGAGGAACGGCCAGGCCUGCGGCGCCGUCACCGCCUCCAUCACCUCCUGCGACCUCCCCUUCCGCUGCCCCCGCUGCGGGGAGCAGGAGCGUUUUCGCAGUCUGGCCUCGCUCCGUGCCCACCUGGAGUACCGCCACUCAUACCGCUCGCCGGACGCGGUCACCGGGGGCUUCAGCAUCACCGGCAAACUCCCCGACCCCCUGACAGCGGCGAUGCCCUGGCAAGACAUGAGCCUCCCAACACGCAGGGGGCAGCAAAGCACAAGACGGCCACCCCAUGCACGCUCCCUCAGCGACAGCAGAGACAGCGGAUACCUCCACUCCUACAGCUCUGUGAGGAGGCGCACCCAGAGUGUCGGGGUGGGGACGCAGGCCGAGGAGGAGGAGGAGGAAGAUGAAGAGGAAGAGGAAGGGGGCACAGAAGAUGAAGAUGUAGGAGAAGAGGAUGAGGAGGAAGACAAUGGUGAAGAGAGAGAUGGAGGUAGAAAUGAGGAGGAUAUCAAAAUGUCCACCAAAAAAGCAGACGCAGGCCACCAUCACCUCAACCACUGUCACUUUCCGUUCCCUCGUCUGGCUCCUCUUGGCCCCCCGCCGGACCCGGACCCGGAUCCCGACCCGGACCUGGACCUGGACCUGGACCUGGUCGAGCAGAACUCGUACUCCGGUUUGGAGACGGCGGCGGCCUCGGCCGCAGUGCGCCGGCGACUGGCCAGCAUCCUGCGGGCGGCCGACAGCACCAUGCAGCGCCGGCUGGCCAGGGUGAGCACGGAGCUGGCCCAGACCGACACGGAGCUCCUGUGUGAGCGCGCUCACUCGCAGCACCUGGCCCAGGAGAGGCAGGAGGUCGCCGAGCGGGAGAGGUCGUUGAGCAGGCAGGUGGACGUGGCUGUCAUGGUGAUCGCUGCGCUGAGGGAGCAGCUCAACGCCUCAGAGAAUGAACUGGAACGGCGAGAGAGGGAGGUGAUAACCAUCCAGAAGUUUCUGGAAGCGGCGGCUCGACAGGAGACCUGCGGCAAAGUGCGAAUCCAGCGCUUCAUCGAGAACCUGCUGAGACGCAUCGCUCUGGCCGAGAGACUGGUGGAGUAUUACCAGGUUAACGGCAGCCCGCCACAGUGCAACCACUACAAGCACCAGCAGCCAACUGAUAAUGGACCUCACAGAAUUACUAAAAGCAGGUCAGCGGGAGGUCAGCUCUCCUCGUCCGGUCUCCACGACAGCAGGACCCACUCCUCCUCCCAGUUCGGCAGUCGACCUCCGUUCUCCAAACCAGGCGGGGAACGAGACCGGGAGCGGGAGCACCGGGAGCGGCUGGCCCAGUCUUCCAGGCUGUUCUGUCGACCCGAACACAGGGACGACAUCUGGAACCACCAGCGCCGCCGUUCCACCGGGGCCAAAUGGCGGCGAUCGUUGCCCGUGACCAUCUUGAUGGUUGACGUAGUUCGACGGUCGACCCCUCGUCCGAACAACGUGUCCGAUAUCAGCUUAGCGUCUGGAACCAGGCACAGCAGCUCUGUCAAGAUUUCUCCACGUGUCGAAAGCGGCGUGCACGGAGCUGUAGUAAGAGACGUACUGCCUGAUUUUAGUCUGGAAUUGGUCACAAAUCGUUUUAGAAUUGGGCUGAAAUUCUGCCAGACCAGCUGUGGAUCGGUCGAUGUGCAGUUUGAGGUCCAGACACCCGAUUUAUCACCUGAACAAUUAACGAUCGGGCUCCCGGACGAUCGGUUGGUUUCCUGGCAGGUCGGAAACUUUGGUCGGCUGUGCAGUUUGAGCCGUUCUAUGGUGCGAUUUCACGACUGCUGUCAAAAGAGCCGUUAUGAACUGAAAUGAGCUUGAUUUAAUAUUACUGGAGUAGUGUUUUACAUGUUGUGGAUAAAACUGUAGUCCUGAGACUGCUGUGAUAAUAAACCGGACUUGGCUGCAGAACAGGCAGAUCAUAUCGUCUGCAUCCUCCAUUUUCAUUUUUCUUCUUUUCUUCUUACUCUCCGUUCAUAAUAGAAUCACACAAGGUAGCGCUGCCUUCUUGUCUUUCUGUCAACAUUGUCGACGUUCAGUGUGGGCUCGAAGUGGUGGCCGAUCAGUUGACCUGUACAGUGUCGGCAAAAAAGUUGCAGGGUCUGGUGCUGCGGAAAGGCCAAUUAAAACAAAGACAUGUAGAAUGAGUUAAUAAAAACACACAGUGUCUGCCUGGCUUAAUGUGAGCUGCAAACAUUAGCACCUCUGGCUAAUGAGCUUUCCACCUACAUUAGUUCCCCAGCGUUACUUCCAGGGCCAAGGAGCAUUUCAUACUACAUUAGUUUAUGGGGUUUCUGUAAGCUAAGCAGCCGGACACAGUGUUUUUAAUUAUCCGGCUCAUGGAGCUAACGUUAGCUUAAUUAGCUUGCUAGUUACAGUUGAUCAAAUCUGCCCGCGACAGUUUAACAGGCAAAGUCACCGCUCGCCAGAUAGAAAUUAGGAAUCUGCUUUUGUCUACCUCUGUCUGAAAUCAAGGGCCCAUUGUUUAGAAAAUGAAUAGUCAUUUUUUACGAGUGGUAAAUCUGCCCCCGUACCGUGCAAGAAGAGAAAGCUUGACAGGCAUAGCGCACCAUCAGUAAACUGCACCGGCGGUGUGCCGUUUCCAUCUCGUGAAGCUGAUUCCAACAUCGAAAAACCUGCACCAUCUGCACCUCCCCCGGUAUCGAGACUCCCUCCAGAAUCAAGAGUAGUAACGGUCAAGCUGGGGGGGCCAUAAUGUCGACUAACCACUGGUUCAUCCUCAUCAAUGGGGUCAUUCCCCGCCAGAACGUUCUCUACACUUUACCAGCAACACCUCAUAUGUUUUUUUGAUUGAAAUAAGGUUUGAUUUGGAACAGACAGACCAUCCUGAAGCCGUUAGUCUCUCUUAAGACUCUCCAGUGGCUGAAAUUGAGCAUUUUGGCCCAAAUGUAGCUUAUGUUGAUUCAAAUUUAGCGCGUCCCCCUGUAACGGUGAGGCCGUGGAUGUCUUUCGGCACUUCUGUUCCCGACAGACUCUCAUUAUCCGGCCAGUGAGGCAGUUUAAAAAAAACUCUUAUUGAUUUAGUUUUGAAUGUUUGUCUCUGUCUUUUUCAUAAAAUGUUUCAAAACCAUAAACAAGUCAUAUGAUCACAUGUGCACGACAAAGAUGAACCUAUUCAUCUUUGGAUUUUCAAAACUUGGCCCUAAUUGUUAGCCGUACAGUGCAUUUCAUGGUAAUUAAUAAUCUAAAAUAUAGAGGAACAUUUUUUGUAAUUGAGAUGCCGUACCGCCCUUUCAGCUCUGAUUUGGUUUGUAAAGCACAGACAGGACUUUGAUGACACCGGACCUGGGUCAGAUCAAUUUUGCAUAUAAUUCUUGGCUUUUGUUUGAACAGGCUUUAGUAAAUGCCAGAUGGGUGGGGUUCACCACAUUAGGACCAUUUCAGAGACUGAUUAUUGUACAUAGAGAGAAGUGUUAAAUAUGUUGACCGAUUUAUUGUGACUUUUAAUUUUUUCUGGCAGCCGUGGUCCUACUGAAUGUAGCCCGUCACCCACCAGCCUGCUACCAAAGCAGGAUUAAACCAGAGAUGUCGUGGAAGGUAAAACCCAGAUAAACGCCGUAUUUUUAUCCUUGUCAACAAAUCGGCAUGGGUGACUUGUUCCUUCAUCACCAUGAACACACACGCUGAGGUUUACUUUGACUCAGUCCCACACACACACCGUCCUGCUGCCACAAAUAGUCCUUCAACAAAUGCGCCAUUCCCACCUGUUUGAGUAACAUUUGUUGAAAACUACGUUGAGCACCUUUUAAAAGAAAAAAAAAAAAAAGCCAAGCUUAUUUUGAAACUACAUAUUUGUGAGCUGUUUAUAAGUUUAAACAUCUUCAGUAGGAACCGGUGAGUUGUUGACAAUGGGAAAAAUAUAGAGUAACACCAGACUUAUCCUUUAAUUAAAGCUUCUUAAAGCUUCAGUCAGCCGACCCUGAUGCCAGUCUUUGUGCUUCAUCGUGUUUUUUACCUUCCACUGCACUGCCAGCACAAACAAGCCAUGCGCAUGCAGGGGCAGCUCGGCCCGGCUCUGGAGGACGCCACACACACAUAACGAAUGUACUCUUGAGUUCAUGCGUAGCUCGCUCUGAAGAGAUGCCGUGUUUUAAGACCUGACCCCAGGUCUCGUCGUUCGGGCUUAAACUCGCACUCAUUCGCACAGAAACGGGUGGAGAUUCUCCGACCGCAAACGAAUGACGUCGUAUCAACGCUUUCAUCCAAAGUGACUUACGGUGCCGUGAAUGCAUAAACAGUACAUCUGCAGUAUACUAAAGGACUGACGACGGCUUGUUCAAUAGAAUCGUUCCUCUCUCUGCGUCGUCCCGUACGAUCUGUUUACACGUCAUUUUUGCCGUCAUCCAGUCACAAGAAUGUACGUGUUCGGUGUAAAAUGUCGGUUUAGGUUUUGUUGACAGUGUCAAUAGAUAUUUUGUAUACAAAGCUAUUGUGUGUCGUCAAGUGGAAGUAGUCGUCCUACAGUACUUAAACUUGGCAGAACAUUUAUCUGGGUCACAAAGACGAAUCGUGUCCUUUUUUUUAUUAUUCAACAGGGUGUCUGCAGGUCCUGGAGAGGUCUUAAAUUCCUCAAAUUGUGUGAAGUAAAUUUAAGGCCUCCGAGUAUUUGUCUUGAAUACAGUUAAAUAACAGAAUUCGGUUUUCAAAAUCCUAAACGUACGUGCUGGUGUAUUAUUGCUCUGCUGAGAGGUUACGCAUUGCCGACUCUCUUCGGAUGCUUCGCCGCGAUGUUUUUAUUCUUUUCUAGUUGUUUCAAGUUAGUUGAUCUUAUUUGAAUUUCUAAUUGGCAUUAAUAAGGUCAUAAAAUAUCUUAAAUGCAAGUGAAUACAACUUGCAGGCACCCUUUUUCAAAGGCUGACCAGCAGUGGUGUCAAUCAUGAUUUGUUCCAAAUUUACUGGAAGUUGCUGAUAUUUUUAAGCCAGAUGCUGUGCUGUAUUUUUUUUGUUUUGUUUUGUAUUUUAGCAUUUCAGUAACACCUGAUACUUUGUGUUAAAUAGAAUAUAUAUUGAAUAUAAAGCUCAGAAAAAAAAACAAAGCGUAAGUCGUCAGCUUUAAUGACUGAACCCCUGAAACGCUGGGGGUAAACUUGAAAUUGGUCGGGUUCACCCUCCUCUGCUUCUCACCACGUGAAAACCUGAUCCAGAUAAAUCUGGACAAAUUGCCCACUGAGUAUCCCAGAGAUCUGCCAGUCCUUUAGCACUUUGGGAAUUUAGACACUGAUGAUGAUCUAAGCCCAAGCGUUUGUGCUGCUGUCAAUUAAAAAUCCCGUUUCUCUUUGCUUUUCAGCAACUGAAAGAACCAAGAGGCGAUGUACAGGAAAAAAACAAAAACCGACGUCUCAGCAGCGUGAAAGCAGUUUUGAGUGUUUUCAGUUUGAGCUGCGUGCGUCACAAAGCUUAGUCAACCAGUGGCUUUAUGUUAACCGUCUGUCUGAACUGAACAAAUGCUAAAACGUUCAGCGAUGGAAACUUAUAUCGACUUAUAUAGACUCAUCGAGUGGCUUCGCGUUAGUUUCGGGGUCUUUGACUUUAGAUGGAAGCAAACGUUGCUCUGCUGUUACUCCGCUGUCUGCAGUCUUUUCUCAUGUGCACUUGAAAAAGCCGAUUGUUUAUGGAUUAGAAACCUGGUUACCUGUAUACGCGGCAGAGAAAUCGGCGUUCUCCGGGAGAAAAUCUGCCUGGCGACACCGGGUCUCCCUAAUCCCCUAAUCCGUUAAUUGAAACCAGGUGUCUCAUUUACGUGACGUCCGACUUCGGCCUGGUUACUGAAGCGCGCGUGCUUGCGUGCUCGAAGUGAUCCUGCUAGGUCGCCGGCGCCGGCGCUUCACCUCUCGGAGCAGACCCACUGAUGGCAGCAAAGCCAUUGAAAUGACCCAGGCGCAGUCGGAUGUUUUGGUCACUGAAAAUGGAGUCGUGGGGGUUUUUAUGCAAACAGCAGCAUAACUCUUGAAAGACCGUGUGUGUGUGUGUGUGUGUGUGUGUGUGUGUGUGGAGGAGCGUGUGCAGUGCUUCAGGUUUGUGUCUGGUGAAAUGCUGCCGGUUGUGAGUUUCUGGUGCUGGGUCAUUGGAAGGUGGUAGAAGAUGCAUGAUGCAGCCCUACUACUACUACAUAUGUAGCUAUCGUGUUACUGUGAAAGCAUGUUUCAUAUGUAGCAAAAAAAAAAAAAAAAA